AUGGUAACAGGUUUUGCAAAGCAAGAUAUUUCCAAGGCGUUGAUCGAGUGGCUUUUUUUCAAAAAACUGGAGCUUUUCCACCAUCCCUUCAAGUCGCUCCUCUUCCUCCAAUGGCGCCGAAGCCUCUCUCACCUCCCCAAACCCCUCCUCGAAGCCCCCGAGCUCUCCUUGAAUGGCUCCUUAACCCUCCAUUCAUCCCUGUCCGCUUCCCUCUCCGCAGUGCAAACCCCACGGCAGCUCCAUCAACUCCACUCCCGCAUCAUCACCUCUGGCCUCUCUCGCUCUCCCUUCUUCGCCGGCAAACUCAUAUCCUUGUACUCGCAGUUCAACGAUCUUGAUUCCUCUCUCUCGGCCUUCCUUGCGGCCCCGCAAGACAACGUCUUUUUGUGGAACUCGUUGAUUCGUGCGCACACACACAAUAGCGAGUUCUCUGAAGCUUUACGUUAUUACCUUACGAUGAAAGACGCUAACUUGGUGCCCGAUGCCUUCACUUUCCCUUCCGUUCUCAGCGCUUGUUCGGGUGUUGGUGAUCUCGACAUGGCACGGGCUCUUCAUGGGCGUGUUUUGGAGGCUGGAUUUGAGUCUGAUUUGUAUAUUGCGAACUCUUUGAUUGGGAUGUACACGAGGUUUGGGUGUUUGGUUGAUGCACAGAAGGUAUUUGAUGGAAUGCGUAUGAGAGAUCUGGUUUCGUGGAAUUGUUUGAUUUCUGGGUAUAGUGCUAAUGGGGAGUGGGAGAAGGCAGUUGAGGUUUAUGGUGAGUUGAGGAUGAGUGAUGGUAUUCCGGAUUGCUUCACGGUGGAGAGCAUUUUGCCAGCAUUUGGAUGGCUUCAAGCAGACAUAGAAGGUCGUGUUGUUCAUGCUCUUGUUCAAAAAAUUGGUAUUGAUGAGGAUAGGCUAGUGAGAAAUGGUUUGAUUGCAAUGUAUUGUAAAUUUGAGAAUGUAGUUGAUGCGAGAAACAUUUUCGACAUGAUGGUGGAGAGAGAUGUUGUUUCUUGGAACACUAUGAUCAAUGGGUAUAAUGAAGUUAGUUGCUUUGAAGCUGCUUUUGAGCUGUUUCGGAAGAUGGUGAUUAGGUCACAGCUCGAUCUAGUUACAAUCACUAUUAUGUUGCAUGUGUGCCAUGAUGCUGAGGACAAGAAACUUGGUCGAUCAGUACAUGGGUAUAUUAUAAGAAAUGGUUACUCGUGUGAUAUUGCAGCACAUAACAUUCUUAUUGCAAUGUAUUCAAAGUUUGGUUGCUUACAAAUAUCGCGCAUGGUUUUUGAUCAGAUGCUGUUUAGGGAUGUCACCUCGUGGAAUUUGUUGAUUAGUGGGUAUGUUGAGAAGGAGUGUUUUGAUGAAGCUAUAGUCCUUUUCAGGUUAAUGAAAUCAGAAGCAGAAACUGAUGUUGUUACUACUAUGACACUAGUAUCAAUGUGCUCUGAAUUAGUGAACUUAAGGCAAGGUGAAGGGCUUCAUUGUAAUGUGAUUAAAACGGGAAUUCACCCAAAUCUCCUUGUGCAAAAUGCUCUAAUCAAUAUGUACUCAAAAUGUGAUAGCUUAGAAAAUGCGCUGAAAGAGUUUGAGAGCAUGACAAUGCGUGACACCAUAAGUUGGAAUACAAUGAUAUCUGGAUGUGUGCAGAAUGGGGAUUGUGAUCUGGGUUUCACACUAUUGAGGGAAAUGAACAUCAGCAGAACAACAAUUGACAUGGCCACGCUAUUAAGCAUCUUGCCUGCAUGUUCAUUCCUCGUUGCUAAAAGGAAAGGGAAAGAGAUUCACGGAACCGUUUUCAGACUUGGUUUAGAAUUGCACAUUCCAGUUGGGAAUGCAAUGAUUGAAAUGUAUUCCAAGUGCGGGAAUCUGGAUUAUGCAGUUAAAGUCUUUGAGCUUAUGAACAUGAAAGACAUAGUGACAUGGACAAGUUUAGUAUCGGCCUAUGGUAUGUAUGGUCAAGGAGAAAACGCUUUGAGAGCUUUCACAAAGAUGGAGGAAGAGGGCAUUGCUCUUGAUCAUGUUGCAUUUGUGGCUGUUCUGUUUGCCUGCAGCCAUGCAGGUCGAGUUGAAGAAGGCAAACUGCUCUUCAAAAAGAUGGAACAAGACUACAUGAUUAUUCCCAGAAUGGAACACUAUGCUUGUAUGGUAGAUUUAUUCUCUCGUUCAGGUAAGUUGGAUGAAGCAGAGGUGUUUAUUAAAUCAAUGCCGUUUGAACCAGAUGUAACCAUAUGGGGGGCUUUGCUUAGCGCUUGUCGAACCACUGGUGAAAAUCAAAUAGCUGAGCGUGUUUCUAAGCAAAUCUCUGCUUUGAAUUUUGACAAUGCUGGUUAUCAUGUGCUGGUGUCAAACAUGUAUGCGUCUAUGGGGAAGUGGGAUGCUGUCUGUAAUAUCCGGACAUCGCUAAAAAAUAGAAAUUUGAUGAAGAAUCCAGGACUUAGUUGGAUAGAAAUCAAGAACAAAACAUAUGUUUUUGGAACUGGUGAUCAACCAAUACAACAAUCUCAAGAGAUAUACAAGUUACUGGAAGUUCUUGGUGAAUUAAUGGUGAAGGAGGGAUAUGUCCCUGAUGCUAAAUUUGUCCACCAAAAUGUUGAGGAAGAUGAUAAAGGAUAUAUGCUAUGCACACACAGUGAGAGGCUUGCUAUAGCUUUUGGGCUGUUGAAUACCCCUCCUGGCACACCUUUGCAGAUUAUGAAGAACCUUCGGGUUUGUGGAGAUUGCCAUGUAGCAACAAAAUACAUUUCGAAGAUUGUGCAAAGGGAAUUUUUGGUUAGAGAUGCUAACCGCUUUCAUCUGUUUAAGGAUGGAUCAUGCAGUUGUGGUGAUUAUUGGUGAGUUCCCUUACAAUCUGUGGUCAAGUUGACGACCUUCAAGGUUUCAACAAAAAUAGUAAAACAAAGAAGAUCCUCAUCCUUGCAUUCAAGAAUUCAGGAAAUGACGCCCCAUGGAUUGCUCGGAAGGUGGGAAUCAUUUUAUCUCAGAGUGAGAAACUGUUUUUAUGAUUGUGAACUACGUGCACAAGCCAGCCAAAUGAUAUGUCCAGGAAUUCAAUUGUCCUCUGGAUUUCACUCUUGUUAGCGAGAUCUUCAACAUGUUCAAAUUUAAUUUCCUUCAGCUUCAAUGCCCAUAUGUUUCGAAGGGCAUGCAGGCAUAUACAAGCACCGAAAAGUUGCACUUCUUCUGCUGUCAUUGCUACAACUUUCAAAGCCGAAACUUUUUGUUGUUUGUCAUCAUCUUCCAUCAUGCAGAAAAACCGAGGAUGUGCAAUAUCAUAUAUAUAUAUAUAUAUAUAUAUCAUAUAUAUAAUAGCUUAAGAAUGACCGAGAUAUAAUUUAUAUAAAAUAUAAAAGAGGAACCAAAAAAUAUUUGAGCCAUUUAGGUUGAGAAUAUGGUUGUAGGUGGACGAAUGAUGAGGUGAUCUAUUAGCACCGGUUUUUUUUUUUAAAUUGUUUGUGUUCCUGCCGAAGAUAUCGAUUUGAAUUUUAAUUCAUAUAAAAUGAUGGCAUAAAUAUAUUGAGAUAUAUUAACUUUAUAUUUAUGUAUGUUUUGAUGUAAUUUGUCCAUUUUGUUAAAGAGAGAAAGAGUUACUUGCGUGAAAUA